GAACUACGCAUAGCCUACAUUCUUUUGUGCUAAUCGUCUACUUCUAAUAAUUUAUAUAUUUUAAUUUAAAACUAGCUGAACACAAUUUCAAGGAGUUUUAGCGAGCUUUUAAUCAUCUUAAAAUAUAUACAAAAAAAUUCUUACGACAGUUGCGCAGAUCUUUUUUGAUGAUCUCUUUAAAAUCUCUAAAACUGGUCUCAGAUCAGGUGAAUACCUAUAGUCUAGGCUACUUGUCACAAAGAAACCAAAGAAACGAAAGUAACGUUAGCUGAACUCACUUGACGCAAGGAUCUACCCGAAAUAUGUAAUUUUCUUUAUUUACACCAGAAAUUUGUUUCGUCAGAAUAUCGAAGAUGCAUUUUCUGUACAGCUUUGUCAUGCUUAUCUUCGUGAUAUAUGAGACCCUGGAGUUUAUUGUUCGAGGUUCUGUUCCUCUGGUUGCUCCUUUGGGAGGUUCAAUCAUUUUACCCUGUUAUGUUGAGACAUCAAUGAUGGAGAAUGUGAAAGUUAUAUGGAGUAGAACAGACUCAGAAGCUCUGGUUCAUCUGUAUCAAGAUGGAGAGAGUCGACCAGAGGCCCAGCAGCAGGAGUAUCAUGAUAGAGCUCAUUUCUUUACUGAUCAGAUUCAACAUGGAAACUUCUCCCUCCUGCUGGAAAACAUAAGAGCUGAAGACAAAGGCGUGUACAGAUGUAAAGUUUACAGUCAACAGGUUGCUGACAAAACUUUGGUUGAAAUAAAAGCUGUUGACUGCCUGCUAGUAUCAGACUCCGAUGAGUCCAUAUCUGCGUCUGUGGGUGAGGACGUCACUCUGAACUGCUCUGUCGACUCUCACAUCAAACCUGAACACAUUGAAGAGGUUUCAUGGAAGAAAACUGAUGAAGAUAUGCUGGUUCUGCUCUACCAAAACAAUGAGAUUUUAUCAGAUUCAUCAGAUGAGCAAUACAGAGACAGAGUUGAGUUCUUCUCGGAUGAAAUCCCCAAAGGAAACUUCUCUCUCAGACUGAAGGGUCUCAGAACUGAGGACAAAGGUGUUUACCUGUGUCAAGUGAAGGCUGGAAGACUUUCAGCCAAUGCAACUGCGGUACUGAAGAUACUGGGUUUCUCUGGUUAUCACACAACAGUGCUGAUUCUCUGUAUUAUCUCUAUUAUAUUGCUAUUAUCUGGAUCUGCACUGCUUUUUUGCUCCAGACCAGAAAAUGGAGACAAGAGGCUGUAUCUUCUAGUUUCUCUUCUCCUUUGUCCGAAUAUUACUAUGCUGUUGGCUUCGAUCAUCUGGCGUGUUAUUGAAGGUUCUUUGUAUGAGACCAUCAUAUGCUGUGUGCUCUACAUUCUGAGGCCUCUGAGGUUUUGGGUUACACCAUCAGCCACAGGUUAUACAGAUCAAAUUCUGAAGUAUGUUAUGACUUCACAUGCUGAUCAUGCAGCAUUUAUGUCAGUAAUGUAUUCAGUCCUUUUAGCUGAACAUUUUAAAGACAUCAACACAGUCAUCAGAAAUGUCAUCUUUGGUCUACUUUUCCUGAUGUGUCUACUCUUCAUUAUACAUUUGGCUAAAGAGAAGAUUCUGUCAUGCUUUGGAGGGCCAUGCAGAAGGAUGUACAGUAAAGUUCAACCAUUUGUAGCUGCUUGUAGCUUUUCAUUGCUGCCUUCAUUACAGCUCGCCCUUCUGCUCUACAUUCGUUUUGCCUCCAGUGCUGUUUUUAGCGUUGCAGUUCUUUCAAUGCUUUAUGGGUUCCUUUAUUACUUUCACAAUGAAACAAGUAGGACAAUUCAAUGCUGUCUUUGUUUUCUAGAUAAAUUAUUUCGGUCAAUGAUGAUUGUGAUGAGUCUUGCAAUGGUGUAUUUUUACAUUACGCUCUUGAGAAAUGAACAAGAUGAUGCAGGACUGAUCUGUGUAGCAGGAAUUCUCCAAGUAUUGUGGGUGCUUGCAUUUUCUGAAGUCCCAUUCCAUUAUCUGAGUCUUCACAAAAGGAAAAUAUUGUUCUUGUUUGGAUCAACUGGUUUUGUUUUAGCAAACUCUGCUGCACUGAUGACAGAAGUGAUAGUGAAAGCAGUUAAUGGUGAACGUCUGAUGGGAGAUUUGAGAAUUGUUGCCUUUCCAUCUGCAAGCAUCUUUACCGUAACACUGCUGAUUACACCAUGGAAACCUAUCAACACAGAGUCCCAAUCACCAGAUUGUAAAGAGACUCCAGCUACAGAGUAUACCAGUAUAGACAUGAACCAGAGGAAAGGAGAAUCCAAUGAAAUCGAAACUCUGGGAGAAGUAGCUGGGAACUGUGAAGAGCAAGAGGAGGAGAUCAACUCAUAGCACAAGGUUCAGAAACCCCAGUGGUGCCUCCAAGUAUAAAUACUGUGAGUAGUGUAUUCAGACUGAAAAUUCCAAAAAGGAAUUCAAAAUGCAUGGAUGAUGCACUUGGUGUUGAAUGUUGUACACUUCAUGCAUUAGAAGCUGUAGCAGCUUUAAUUAUCAGACUUUAUUGUUCUAUUAUGUAAAAGGUUUUGUUAUGUUAGUGUUUUUUGGAGAUUACCAUUGUGGUGAAUUGUUGAGCUUGUGCUUGGGUUGAGAACCUGGUAACGAGAUUUGCCCUAUUUUUAUAUAACGAAGCAACGACUAUGAUAGUGCUUUGGAUCAAACCAGUAUCAUUUCUAGACUGCCAACACUGAUUAUCACAUGUGUAAAUAGUUACGUUUAGUUUGUUGCUAUGUUAAGACAAAACAAAAGCAUUAACCCUUUCAAGCAUGAGUUUAAAAUGUUCUAAAGUGAUUUUUUUUAAGGCGAGAACAUUUGCCAUUAUUGUUUCCAUGGCGACGCAUCAUGCGUGUCACGAGCUCUGAAACGCAACCACAAUAACAUGACAAAUGGAUCGCUAUUAUUUAGUUUUUCUUUUUUUAUUUAAAAUAUUCUAAAUAUGAAUAUUCCGAUUCUCAAAUAUGUGUAAGUGAGUGUGUUUUGUCGUUUCAAAACCCUUAUAAAUUAUCUUUAUCUUGAUCUGUAACGCGAGAUGGGCGCCGCCAUCUUAGUUUGCUCUGCAGUUCAGAGUUCUGUCAGUCUGAUUUACAGCAGGUGAAUUCAUCGGUUUCUCCCGAAAUAUAUGCAAGUAAGUGGCUGUUGAACUGGAAGAAUAAUAGAGUAAACUUUAUAGUUUCUAAUGAAAAAUCUAUACUUUUACUUCGCUACGUUUGGCGACGUUCCUCUCGUUACUUUAUUUUAAUGCAAUACUGUAGCCUACAUGUUAAGAAAUGCGUAGUUUAUGCCCAUUCACAAACGAAUCACUCUUUUGAGUAGUUUCUGUUCAAAGACUUGAUCAAACAAGUUGGCAAAACUGACUAAAUUGGUUCGCGAAUCAGUUUGAAUGAUUUGUUCAGUUCUGCACGCACUGAAUCGUCUGAAACGGUUUCUCACUCGGAGCGUUGGAUGAAGUGGCAGUGGACCUACAGUCAAUUAAAAGCAAACCUGUAAGUGCAUCCUAUUGUUUGCCAGCGAUGAAGAUCUUUAUUAGUUGAUCUGCGUAUGCUGUCUGUGAACAAUUCCACACAGGUAUCGAUUUCAAUUCAUACAGCCAAUAGCCAACAUUACAACAAAGCAAAUUAUUACGCCACGAUAACAAAGUAUGUAGCAUUUCUUUACCGUAUUUAUGGACAUAUAUCUUAAAUACAUUAAAUAAGCUACCAUUGUUCAUAGAGUAUAUGGUAAUUAAUUUGUGGAUAGCCUAUGGCGCAGUGGCGGCGCCGGCGACCUGUUCGUCUUGAAAAUGAGCGCCAUUGAGUUUGCGGUGACACAGUUAAGUUUACACGCGCCUGCAGAAAUAUACAUUUGAUUACAUUUUGGAGAACAGACAGAAGAUCCGUCAGAGUGCAUUUGAUUAUUGUUUGUGUGAUGUUCAGUGGUUAUUAUUAGCGCGAGCACAUGUAAAGAGUUUUCUCUCUGCUUUCAAAUGUAGCUGAAUACGUUAUUAUACAAAGCAAAAGAUAUUCGGGUUACAGAUGCCAGAAAUAAUGCUUGUAUCUUUUUUGUUUGUUGCAAAGAUAUCUGAUGAUAAUUAAAAAAAAAAAAAAAAAAAAAAAAAAAAAAAAAUAUAUAUAUAUAUAUAUAUAUAUAUAUAUAUAUAUAUAUAUAUAUUAUAUAAUUUAAAACCAAAUUAAUCUAGUUUAUUUUAAUUCAGGAUUCCAUAGUCCAGGUUUUAGUAAUCUGUACUUAAUCAGUUUCAGAAAGCCAUUUUUAAAGUCACGAUUAACUAUUCCAGAUUAAGGCCUAUCCUGACAAACCGUCACAGCUGUAUUUUGUAAAUUAUCUGAAAACAUAGUUUGGAUCGUUACUUUUUGAUACAGUGUUUGCACUAUUUUUACAAUUUGUUCCAUGGGACAAGAGUGUUGAAAAUGUAACUACCUAAUGGUAGCAUGUUUCACAUAUUAUAUUUACAUUCUAAGAGUGUUAUUGACUUUCACACUGAACUUCUUUACUUUAUCAGGUACUUUAACAUGUUUGUUACUUUAUCAGGAUUUCUGAUUUUGUAACCCAACUAACAUGGUUGGUGAUUGUUAAUUUUGCUGUUGACACUUUUUGCCACUGUUUGCACCAUGAGAGUAUAAAUAAAUACAGAAUCUGUUUACAUUUUAAA